AACAUAAAAGGGACAAAAAUCAAAAUGACAAAUUGAGAAGGGAAUUGAAUUUUAAUUAAAUAAUAUUCAGGUUAUCUGAGAUUUUCUCUAAUAACUGGUGUGAUAUUAAUAGCACAUAGUAGGUACCUAUUGUGUGAAUAUCAUUAAUUUAUAACAGAAUCAUUGUGAAAUUCUAGCCAAUAUUUAGACAUAGAGGAGUAUUGCGCCAGACCUGAAAAGCCGGUUUUGUUUACCACUCCCACAACUCGUUUUUCAAAAUGUCGUUUCAAUGGACGUUCAUAGCCGGCUAUCUUUACUUCGAGAUUGCUCUUGUAAUGUUGAUGAUAUUGCCGCUGUUCAGCCCUAGAAAAUGGUACACGUUCUACCGAUCCAGGCUUUUCGAGAUGUUUCAUCAGAGAACUGCAAUAUAUUUCUACGGUUGGUUAGGAAUUUUGUGCCUGUUUCUAAUUGAUUCUAUCAGAGAAAUGAGGAAAUAUUCACAUACAAGUGAGCCUGGUCAUGUGCAUUUAGCUAGCGAGAUGAAAGGGAACGUUAAACUCUUCAGAGCUCAACGUAACUUCUACAUUACUGGUUUUGCCAUUUUCUUAGCAUUUGUGAUCAGAAGGUUGGUAAUAAUGAUUAUAAUUCAGUAUGAGUUAGAGGUAAAAGCGGAGCAGAUAAUUAAAAAGGCAGAAGACACUGUAAAACUGGCGAAAACAACAGUAAUGGCCAGCAACCAACAAACCAACAUUCAAGAGUAUGAAGAAAUCAAAAAUAAAUUAGAACUUACAGAGAGCUUAUUGGAAGUUCAGAAAGUGAGGGUCAAAGAACUGGAGGAUGAGGCUACAAUGUGGAGACUUAAAUAUGAAGAGGUUAAAAGUGUUGAUGGUCAUGGAGAUAAAUAAACACUAUUUAAAUUAAACACUACACUGGCUGUCUAACUUCUGGCUCUGUGACUGGACUUAUUAUAAGUAUUGAAUUAGUAAUAUAGUAGAAAACCAAUUAUCUAAGCUUGUUAUAUGGAAAGUUUCAAUAGCUUAACAAUUUGAGUCUCUAAUGCAAAAAGUCCAUAUUUGUCAUUUUAAAACUUGCAACAUAAGCUAAACCCCAUCCUUACAGACAUUUUUGAACUUGACCAUUACAAAAAAUAGAUAAGUCCUUUUUAAGAGCUAUCCAAUGCAGAAGACUAGUGCGUUUCAACGAAUAGUACCUAUGGCGUUAUGUUGGCUCUCCUGUCUGUCCAAGUCAUUGGCACCAUAUUUGCAUAAGAAGAUGCAGAUUUGUUUAUUUUUAUUUGAUUUUCCUGAAUGAAUGAAAUGAAAAUCAAAUGAAAAUAAACAAAAUCUGCGUCUUCUCAUGCCAAUAUGGUGCCAAUGACCAUCCAACAGACAGGGGAGCCAACAUAACGCCAUAGGUACUAUCCGAUGAAACACACUAUAGUAUAAUCGAUUUUGUAUAGUAUUGAUUUGUAACAUUAGUAUUGUCCUUUAAGUUAGUAAGCAUUUUUGUAUAAUCUAUUUUUUUUGCAUUGUAGCCUCCAAUUUAUGGAAUGGGUUGAAGUCUAUCUGAAUUACCUUUUGGAUUGUUCUACACUGGCAUAAUUAGGUUUUCUACUGUAACUAUAAUGUACUGAAAUGUGUAAUAAUUUUAUGUGAUAUGGAGAAUAGUCAAACUUUUUAUUGUCUUAAUAAUAUGAAUGAAAUUAUGUAGCUUAGCUAACUUACAAAAUAAUUUUAUAUAUCAGCAACAAAGGUGUCAGCUCACUCAAAUUGUUACUCCCAAAACCUCAGUAAACUUGUUAUGGGCACAGGUACUGCCUUUGAAGAAAAAAUUCUUUUGCCUCUUCUACGUUGAAUCCCUGUCCAGUCUAAUAGAGGGUUUUUCAAAGGCUUACAAUACCUAUAUUUUUGUGUUCUGAACAUGUUGCUGGUGUAUUUCUGGUUUAGUUUGUAUUUACUAAAGUUAGUUUUAGAAUCUCUAGUAGGUAAAUGUUUCCCUAUCAAAAACUUGCUUAUAACAAUAAUAUCACUUUGGUGUUUUGUAAUUACUGGACUAUUAUUUAGCUAGGUACCUACUUACUAUGUUUGCAGUUACUUAAUAAUAAUUAUGUUUUAAUUUUAUACUAACAAUAAUUAUAUUUUAAGUAUUUUUAUAUUUGUAUUGACUGAUAAUAAUGUUCGGUGCUUUUAUAAAUAAAAUCAAUUAAAAUGAAAUAUAUACACUUUUUU